AUGACUUCGAAGCUAACAGACUCCUUUAGAAGUUUGCGCUUGAUUCCAGUACCAUUUGGUGAAUACCAGGGAAAUAAUCCCGACACUCCUCCUAUUAUGAUUAAUUUUCGCUCACCGGAUUUAUGGCGAACUCUACCAAUAGAAUUUACGGAUAAUGAAGGGCGCUUAUUCACUGAUCGUGCAACCAUAUGCAAGCUUUCUAAAGUCUGCGCCGAUAAAGUUGAAAAUCUUGAAAAGGCGGGACAGGAACUUGUCAUUCGAUUGAAUGAUAUAACCUGUGAUGCUAUGGAACGUGUGCUUUUUGCUAUUUGUCCUACGAUAUAUGGACAGUAUCCAGUUCCUCCAACAGUUUUCGAUGUUGGUAUUAUCUGUCCAGUUGCUUGCUCUCUGCAAAUGGAUAUGGUUAUCAAGAUGUGUGAGAAGGUUCUGGAAAACGACAUACAUCCGAAACUUACGCCGAUUGACUUACUUAUCAAUUCCUUCAGUACGGCUUACAAAUGUCAACUGAAGUCAACAUUGCAAGCGAAACUAUUCAUCAAAAUUCUGAAAUGUGAGUACUGGAAAUUAAAAUACUCAUUGAUUCGCAAUAUUGAAUCACCCUGUCUGCGCAUUUUUUUGUGGAACUUCAGAGAAAUGAGUCGCAGUAUCAUACAUUCGAAAAAAACGCUCAGAGGAAAAUGUUAUGUGAGAAGUAGAAAAUCCUGGGUAGGCGAAGGUUUAGAUCCACCAACGAAAGAAUUGCUCCGACUUUGCAUCUACAACGAAUUACUUUUUUCACAUGUCACAAUAACUGUACAAACAAAAAUUUACAAAGCUACUUGUGAUCAAUGUGAGGAGAAUACUGCAUACAUUACGCGUGUGGAUGGCUACCAUAUAAGAACCGCCCCAAAAAAACUCUUUCUAUGCCAACAGUGCAAUAAAGCAUUGUGCUCGAAUUGUGAGGCUACAUUUUGUGUUGUGAAAUUGAUUGAAUUUCUGGAAGAUGUUCAUAGGGCUGAAAAAUCUCCAGAUAUAUUGAAAAUGCUUAAUACUCUUGUUGUACUGAAUUCUCCCGAUCAUGAUGUUGCUAGGGCCUUAGUAAAUAUUCAUUAA